AUGGAAUUAAAUCGUGAAAUUGAAGAAGAUCUUCGCAGUUUAAACAAUGAAAAGCAGCUCCCGGAGAAAAACUAUGAAGAAUUAAUCGAAAAAAGCUUUUCUUUAUUUACAACUGCCAACACUAACGAUCAACUUUCGUCGUCUAUUGACAAACAUCUCAUUUCGUCCGUAUUAACUUUUUUAUUCGAAUGUGUCAAAUAUGAUCUUGAUGAAGCAGCCGUUCGUUCCAAGUUCGAUGAACUCCAAUUCACAAAUAAAUCUCGACAAGACCGAUUUCUCCAGGCAUAUACAAAACACUUUCCAACAAUUCAAUUGUAUUUGAAACAGAAAACCAUUGAACACGAUCGCCUGUUGAAUGUUAACUGGCGUUUGGACUUACAAGUGAAAACAAACUACACAGAUAAACUUCUCGAACCGAUUUAUACACUCGAUUGGACUAAGCGUGAGAAAUACACAAGCAAUAUUGAUCACAUUCAAUUUACUUGUUCGCAAGAGAGCUUACAGGAACUUUUAGAAAAACUCAAGGACGCACAAAGUGUUCUUCAUCAAAUGCAAUAUCAACAACAAACGAAGAAAUAG